AUGGCAUACGAUCUCAGCGAAUCAAAUUCAUUGUUUACAACGAAAUUACGAUGGCCUAGAAAUGGUGAAAUAUUUCCGUUAAGAACGGCAGCUUAUGAUACUUCUUUUAAAGCUGUUACCAGUAAAACAUUUGAAGAGGACUAUCAAUUUGCUAUUGUUGCAAUUAGUGAUAUCCCAUCUGAUACAGACAAUUUGCAAACAUAUCAAAUCGUUAGUGUUAACGAAAUUGGUACUAUUAUUAUAUGGGUGAUAAUUAAUGAAGAAUCAAUCCGAAUAACUGAUCAUGAUCUUGGCCUACGACCGGGAGCGAAAUUAAGAAUGAUGCAAACAUCAAUAAUACGACCUGAUUGUGUCCUUUAUAG